CGCAGGUGGCGGCGGAAGCGCAGUGCCCGACAUCUUUAUGCUCAACCUGGCCCUCGCCGACCUCCUCUUCCUCCUCUGCAUGCCCUUCCUGAGCCACCAGCUGCUGGGCCACAGUGCAUGGCGCUUCGGGGCGCCGCUGUGCCGCCUCAUCGUGUCGCUCGACGCCACCACGCAGUUCGGCAGCACGUACCUCCUGACGGCGCUAACGCUCGACCGCUACCUGGCCACGGUGCGGCCGCUCGGGGCCCUGUCGCUGCGCCUGCGGCGGCCACGCACCGCGGCCGCUGCCAUCGUGGCGCUGUGGCUGCUGGCGCUGUUGAGCGCCACGCCGUACUGGCUGUACGCUCGCCUGCUGCCCGGGGACGACGAGGCCUGCAGCAUCGUGCUGCCCGACCAGGAUCGCGACAUUUACUGGUUCACGCUCUACCAGUUCGUGCUGGGCUUCGCGCUGCCGCUCCUCGUCAUCUCGGCCGCCUACUGGCGAAUCCUGCAGCGCCUGCACUCGGCCAUCGUCCCUGCGGGCCACAACCGCGGCGUGCGUGCCCGCACGCGCAAGGUCACCUGCUUCGCCAUCGCCAUCUGCCUCGUCUUCUUCGUGUGCUGGGCGCCCUUCUACGCCCUGCAGCUGCUGCAGCUGCAGGGUUCCUCGGCGCCGAGUGGCUCGGACGCGUUCCUGCGCGCCUACAACGUGGCCAUCAGCUUGUGCUACGCCAACAGCUGCCUCAACCCCUUCGUCUACAUGGCCAUGUGCGCUGCCUUCCGCCGCCGCGUAGCUGCCGCCGCGUGCUCGUGCCGCCGCAGGGCCCGCGGCGGCGGCGGCGGCGCCGGCUCCAACGGCGUCGGAGCC